AUGGCUGCCGCGAAGAGAAGGCCAUACAGCUCACUGGGAUGUCUUUGUCUUUUACAGGGAAUCCUUCUGAAGCGAAGUGGCAAAUCCCUCAACAAGGAAUGGAAGAAGAAGUAUGUCACACUGUGUGAUAAUGGCGUGCUCACUUACCACCCCAGUUUACACGACUAUAUGCAGAAUGUACAUGGGAAAGAGAUCGACCUGCUGAGAACGACAGUGAAGGUUCCAGGGAAGCGACCGCCUCGAGCUGUAGCCACAGUCGCCCCCACCGCCAGCCCCAAAACCAACGGCCUCACCAAAGACCGCAGCGGCCUGCAGCUGGGCAUAGGCAACACAGGCGCGCCGCAUUCCAACAGCAGUUCAUCCCUGGCGGGCGGGUUGGUGUUUGGGAAGGACAGUAUGCACCAGCGCUCUUUCUCGGUGUCCAGUGCAGACCAGUGGAACGAAGCCAUCAACACCAGUACGACCAGCGGCGCAUCAAACGGUAUGGGUGACCCGACCAAUUCUAAUUUGAGCGGUGCCACAAGUCCCAAACUUGAACCCCCGCCAUCGCCCCACGCCAACCGCAAGAAGCACAGGAGGAAAAAGAGCACGGGCAUCACCAAGCCAGACGGCCUUUCAACGGGCAACGAAGAGCAAGAGGAUUCUUUCGAGUUCGUCAUUGUGUCGUUGACGGGACAGACGUGGAACUUCGAAGCCUCUACGUACGAAGAAAGAGAAUUGUGGGUCCAAGCCAUCGAAAGUCAGAUCUUCGCCAGUCUUCAGUCGUGUGAAAGCAUAAAGAACAAGUCCCGGUUAGGCAGCCAGAGUGAUGCCAUGACCAUCCAGUCCAUACGGAAUGUGAGGGGAAACAGCUUCUGCGUGGACUGCGAUGCACCCAAUCCAGAUUGGGCCAGUUUGAACCUGGGGGCCCUGAUGUGCAUCGAGUGUUCGGGGAUCCACAGGAACCUGGGCACGCACCUGUCCCGUGUGCGCUCCUUGGACCUGGACGACUGGCCGGUGGAGCUCAGCAUGGUCAUGACGGCCAUCGGGAACGCAAUGGCCAACAGCGUGUGGGAGGGAGCCUUGGACGGAUACAACAAACCAGGAAGUGACAGCACCAGGGAGGAGAAGGAGCGGUGGAUCCGGGCAAAGUACGAGCAGAAGCUGUUUGUGGUGGGGCUGCCUCAGUCCGACAUCCCCCUGGGACAGCAACUGCUCCGGGCCGUGGUGGAGGACGACCUGAGGCUGGUGGUGGUGCUGCUGGCUCACGGCACCAAAGAGGAGGUGAACGAGACGUACGGGGACGGAGACGGACGCACCGCUCUGCACCUGUCCUGCGCCAUGGCCAACGUGGUCAUCACACAGCUGCUCAUAUGGUACGGCGUGGAAGUGAAGAGCCGUGACGCCCGCGGUCAGACCCCGCUAUCGUACGCCCGUCGAGCCGGGAGCCAGGAGUGUUCCGACAUCCUGCUCCAACACGGCUGCCCCAACGACAACAGCAGCCUGACCUCGGUGCCCACCCCCAACAUGAGCCGCAGGAACCCCAACAUCAACAAUAACAAUGCGCAGUGCGAGCUCAACCGCAGUAUUAGCAUCAUGUAG